AUGGAUGUGAAUCGCAUCUUCUCGGCGGAGCAGAUCGCGGUGCCUCCAGACCUCCCGCACGUGUUGAAGGACUGGACGAAAGCUGUGAUCCGGGAGAACCCCACCGACUUGCUAUCUUUCUCGCAACAAUGGUUCCAGGACAAGGCUGCGCAAGUGUCGCAACGGAAGGCUGUAGAGAACCAGAUCCGACGUAUGCGGCAACUGUUUGAGAGCUACGAUGUGGAUGGUCAAGGUCGCAUGGAGGCAAAAGACCUCGGCAAAUUUCUGGGUGAAGAUCUUGGCAUGGACGGAUACGAAGAUGGCAGUCCUGCUGAGUUGCUGGAUGAUCUGGUCAUGGAGUUAGACCCAGAUAACACUGGAUUCGUUGAGUUGCACGACAUUAUCCAGUGGUACCAGCAACGGUAG